AUGACAGACGAGAAAAGGCUUUUCUCGGAAGCGCAUCAACUCCGAAGAAUUGCUUUCAUUGGAGUCUCAAUAUCUACAAUUGCCACUCUUUUAUGUGUCGUCUCAGUGCCGAUGUUUUACAAUUAUCUUCAACAAAUGCAAUCGAUGAUGCAAGGAGAGGUAAAUUUUUGUCGUCUUCGAUCGUCAAACAUUUGGAGAGAAGUCACACGAACUCAGGUGUUGGCUAAAGUGAACGGUGUGGUGCGAACGCGACGUCAAGCUGGGUAUGAAUCUGCCGGUGUUGAGGCCACUCAUCACUCGGCUCCUUCUGGAGGCUGCUGUGGCUGUGGAACCUCACCCCAAGGACCUCCUGGACCUCCCGGAACUGAUGGACUUGAUGGAGAUGAUGGUAAACCGGGAGAUAACGGAAAGGAUGGUCCCGAUGGUCCAGAGGCGACUGCUGCUCCGGCUCAUGAAUGGUGCUUUGAUUGUCCUGAUGGCCCGCCUGGUCCAGCUGGAAACGCUGGUCCAAAAGGUCCUCCUGGGUUGGCUGGUGAGCCUGGAAAAGACGCGGAUGGAGGAGUGCAAGGACCACCGGGACCACCCGGUCCUCCUGGACCUGCAGGAGAUGAUGGAGAGGCUGGAAACCCUGGACCUGAUGGAUUAAAGGGAGAGCUGCAAGAAGUGCCUGGACCUGAUGGGCCAGCAGGACCUCCAGGACCCGAUGGACAACCGGGAGCAGCUGGACCACCAGGUGAUGACGGAAAACCGGGAGAUGAGGGCCCGAUUGGGCCAGCGGGUGAUGCUGGUGCUGCAGGAAAAGACGGAAAUCCCGGUGCAAAGGGAGAGAAUGGACCCGAUGGAAGCAGAGGAGACUCUGGAGGUUGUGACCAUUGCCCACCGCCGAGAACCGCUCCUGGAUAC